CCCUUCUCUUUCAUUAUUAGUAUGUCUUUUCUGCACCACAGGAAAUAAACAACUGUACAUAAGUCUUUCCCCCUUUGCGUCUGCUUCCAACUGACACUCCUACAUAUACACAUUGCAAUUAACAGUUACAUUUGAAAAAAGAAGAAAGCAAAAAGAAGAGAAAAAGCAAGAAAUGAAAGAGCACCAAAAAAUAGUCGAAUUAAGUCUUUUUGCUUCAAAGCUUGAACUUUUGAUGAACCCCUUUUAAAUGCUUUCUAGUUUCAAGUAAUUUUCUUCUUCUGCUCAAUCUGUGAGUUAAAAGACAGUUUUUAGGGUACUAAAAAAUGUCAGCUUUUGACACUGCUAUCACUGACAUAGAGGCAAAUGGCAGUGGUGACAAUGCUAAUCUUCGCCGUCAUCGCCGCCGUCAACGGCGCCGGCGCCGUCGAAGGAGACCAUCUAUGGCAGGGAGCAGCGAGACGACUACUGAUGGCAGCUUCCGGUUCUCUGAUUCUGAUUCCGACCAGUCUUGGCACUCCCCUUUAGGCUCUGUGGCAGGUGGGUCCUACCGUUUCGAGGAAUGUGGGUCCUCUAUGAGGACUGAGCAGAGCAAGAGAUCAGGGUCUUGUGGUUUAGUGGCUGAUGAAGAGAUUGAUUUGGAGAGUGGUGAAUUGGAGUUGAAGGUGCAUAACAGUAAAGAAGAGAAAAGUUGUAGAAUUUGUCAUUUGAGUUUGUUGAAAUGUGGUGGCAUUGGUGAUGAUGACCAACUCUUAGAACCCUCUGGAGGAAUGGCAAUUGAAUUGGGCUGUUCUUGCAAAGGUGAUUUGGCUGCUGCUCACAAGCACUGUGCUGAAACUUGGUUCAAAAUCAAGGGAAACACCAUUUGUGAAAUCUGUGGUGCGACAGCACUGAACGUUACCGGAGGGCAGGCAAAUGAAGCCAGCAAUGCUACAAUAACCACCAUGGAAGUAUCAAAUGCACCUGCCGUCCUUUCUGAAACCCGAAGAUUCUGGCAUGGGCGACGCGUCAUAAAUUUCCUGCUUGCAUGCAUGAUUUUUGCCUUUGUCGUUUCAUGGCUUUUUCACUUCAAAAUAUUCCCCUGAAGUUUGUUUGAGAUCCUCCCGGCAGUACUUGUUUUAAUUGACAUCACUAACAACUCAACCCUGGGCGAUUUAUGAUGUAGAGGUAUAUUUGGGCUGAGGAAUUUUCAGCCGUUAUUUGAGUUGCGGAGUUAUAUCCAAGGCAAUGGAGGAUUUUGAUAAAUGUCACGCACUUGUCAAGAGCAUUCCUUCACGAUGAUGUUUUUGAGAAAAUGACUUGUAACUGGGAAUGGAAGAUGACAAGGAGGAACAAUGACUUAUUUGUUCAUCAAACCCUUCAUAAGGAAAGAAUUCUUACCAGCUAGGAGCGAAUUGUCCUCCAUAUCCAUGUUGAAAUCUCAUCUGUAUCCAUGUUCCAAAUUAAGCUGUGGUGAUGGUGCAGUGUAUUCUGUUAUAUUUCAGUAUUGCACUUUUGUACAAAUAUUUCAUGGUGCUUAGUUGUGUGGUCAUGUUUUUCUGCUCUAAGUGUGUUCCAAUCAACGAACUUUGCUUCCGAUAUAUUUAGCCUGUAUCCUGUGAGUCCUCUGCGUCUCAAAAACUGCAAACCGUUUGUGGAGGGUUCUUUUAUGUUUGAUCAUACUGUAAAACGAUAUUGUGGAUUUCAGUUGACUUUUGAAAGUUCUGAAUUUCUGAUCCUUUAUAUUUUUUAUAUUCAAUUGGUUUCAUAUUUCCCCCAGAAGUGUAAAUUAGCUUUCCACACCAUGAGUCUAGAAGCACUCGCAAGCAACUGGAACAAUAUUAUGGUGUUUGUUUGAGUUUUGAGAAACUGAGUUUGCACCAUACUGAGGUGUCAGAAACUUGAGACCAUGGAACUAACUUCUGGAAUUUCUGGGAUUUGCUUACAGACUUCUCUAUAAGUUUAUUACAGUGGAGAUAAUACUAGUUCAAAAACAGUUUUGAUGCUUGCCAAUACAGAUCACUUUGUGCUUUGGAGUACUUCUUCAAGUUGACAUAUCGUUAUCUCCGUGCAGCUACCAUAGCUGAUGUUAGAAUAUCUCACAUUGGUUGAGGGAAUGCGAUGUGCAGUCUCCUUAUAUGGUUUUGGACAAUUAUCACUUCAUGAGUUUGGGGUUGAGUUAGAUCCAAUAUCCAUUUUCUUUACAGUUUAUAGAAUAUUUUAGGCUGUUGACCUACAACUACAGUGCUGGCAUAAAUCUUGGUUGCA